CACCGCUCCAUCACGAGCCACUGGGAACGGGUUGCCCGGGAAACGGCCGCAUGGCAACAGGAUCAGAGCCUGGGGGUUGUCUGCUUCUAGGUCUGCUCCCAUUUUACAUCGCAUUUCCUCACUAGAUGGUGUGCGAGCCACUGGAGAGUAGACUACACUUCACCCGCACCGUGGGCUCUGUAACAUCCAGCAAAACAAACCUGGGAAAGUACGCGAUCGGAGCGUUUCUUCUUCUCGGAGGACAUAAAGUGUGGGAAUAAAACCUCUUUUUGUAACCUUCACCGCUGUUUUUGAAGAAGACGUGGGAAAAGGCGACAACACUAUACAGCUGUGAUGGACAUAAUGAUUGCGGUGCAGGAUGCUUGUGUCUCUGGUCAGUGGCUUACUGCGAUCAUCCUGAGCCUGUGCUGCUUUCUGCCGUCCUGUUUGCCCGCUGGACAAACUGUGGACUACUCUUCUCCGGUGGAAAGUGUGGUCAGCAGACAAGGCGACACCGCUUUGCUGAGGUGUUACCUGUUAGAUGGCAUCUCUAAAGGAGCCUGGCUGAACCGCUCCAGCAUCAUAUUCGCAGGAAACGAUAAGUGGUCGGUGGAUCCUCGAGUGUCCAUCGUGUCGAGUCCGGGCGACAAACACGAGUACAGCCUGCAGAUACAGAAGGUGGAUGUAACCGACGACGGACAGUACACAUGCUCCGUUCAGAGUGAGCGCAACCCACGGCCAAAGCUCCUCAACCUCAUCGUAAAAGUUCCUCCCAAGAUCUAUGACAUCUCCUCCGACAUCACUGUAAAUGAGGGCAGCAACAUGUCACUCAUAUGUAUGGCCAGUGGGAAACCCGAGCCCACGAUUUCCUGGAGACACAUAACCCCAUCAGGCAGGAAGUAUGACAGUGGCGAAUAUCUUAACAUCACGGCUAUCACAAGGGACCAGGCCGGGGACUACGAAUGCAGCGCUCUAAAUGACAUCGCCUCUCCAGACACCAAAUCAGUAAAAGUUACAGUCAACUUUGCCCCUUCUAUCCAUGAGAUGAAGAGCACUGGGGUGAGCUUGGGGCGCACAGGAGCGCUCAGGUGUGAGGCUGCUGCUGUGCCAAUCCCCACGUUUGAGUGGUACAAGGGGGAGAAAAGGAUUAUCAAGGGCCAGGGCAUCGACAUCAAGAGUUUCAGCUCCAGAUCAGUGCUGACAGUGACUAACAUGACAGAAGAUCGCUACGGCAACUACACAUGCAUCGUCACCAACAAGAUGGGGACGGCCAACGCCAGCGUGUCUUUCUUCCUGAGGACCCUAGCCCAGCAGCAGGACCUGUACCUCAGGGCGACUUCUAUAUACAAGGUGUGUCCAGAAAGUGAGCAUAACGCUUCCUCACUUGAAGACCUCCAGAGAUGCUUUGAAGAAUGGAAAAACCGCCUGGAUGGUUGUGAACAUUCAAAAGCACCUCACACUGCACCCUAUGGGACUGGAAGCUCGGACGCCCCACUGGCCUGCCGGUACCUCGUCCUGGCCCUGUCGUCCUUCAUCAGCGUCUACUAACCGGGACCCAAACACACAACAAUGACUGUCCUGAGCAUUUAUCAAUCUUUUCUGACAUUUGCUGAUGGCUGGAGUCUAAUCUUGUAUGUUGAAAACAACCUGAUGGGGAAAUAAUCACUGUUAUUCUUUUUUUUUCUUUUUUUUUUUGUGAAUUUUAUGUCAUGUAAAUACUAUAUGAUGAUGUUUUAUUUUUUAUCGUUUUAAGUUUUUCUAGAAUAAGUUUUCAGCUCCACCCCAUAUCCUUGUCAUAUCCGAGAACUUGCAAGAUCAUAAGCCUCUUUCACAUAGAGGUGCUAAAUUUAACAUUACAUUUUUACAUUACAGAAUUUACCCUACCAAUGUUGUAUUGAAUGUAUUAUGGCUUGUGGAACAAAGACUUAUAGAUUCCUAACAAUACCGAUUUUGACUAUGAGGUGUGCUUAAAAUUGUAUUACAAAAAAACACAAAAAAAUGAAAAGAACAAAACGUGGCGGGGGAUUUCGGGGGACCUGUGUUGUCUUAUAUAGAUGGAUGCAGUGUUGAAGUUGUCGUAUUCUACAAAAUGGGUCCUUAUGAGUUACUCUACCUGCCGAACAGCUUUGAUCAGGCAGCCGUCGAAGUAGCAAAGUAUAAUGUAUUGUAUCUUUAUAUUUUACUAUAGUGUAGGCUUUGUUUGUCAAGUGGGACCAGCUUUUCUCAUUCAAACAACAUUAACUCAUGAUUCUGUACAGUAUAAAGGGAGGAACAUGUUUACAUUUAUAAAUAUACUAUAUUCUCCAUACCUUGGGACUUGAAUGUUACCAUUAAGUGGCAAAGUUCAUUUCUUUUAUGAAAAAAUGCAGCUGUUUGAAGCAGUGGGAAUCUGAACAUUUUGUAAUUUAUGUUUUAUUUUGGAUGCUACCUGUUAAUAUCUUUUGGCUAACAACCCAUUGCUAUCUGGGUUUUUGGCACUACUGUUUGGCAUGAUACUUUGUUAACAAUGGGUUUAGUAGCACCGCAUUUCUGUUUGUUUGAUUUAAUUAUCCCAGAGCAGCUUACAGUACCAUUUAAAGAUAUAAAAAAUCUAUAUGCCAUGUUAUUUCAUAUCUUUAUCAAUGUAAUAAUACGACACAGAUCGUUUGCACUAUAAGUAUAACAAAGUAAGUGUUAAAAAAAAUGACAUGGUCCAUUUCUUCCACGGUGCUUCUUCAAAAUAAAAGUCUUAACAUGAAUAAAACUAACCCUGAUCAUUUCAAAGUAUUUCAAAAGGGUUUCUCAACAUGGCAUAUUGUUCACCUUUCAGUAUCUUUCAACCCAUGGUGUAAUACAAAAUACGGUACUGUACUGUAAUGCCUUAAAGAACCAUUAACAUCAAAAUUGACACGUUUUGAAACAAGUCAUUUUUUGCCACAUUUCCAAUAGCUGAGGGCAUCAUCCAUUAGUGUUCAGAUAAGACGAUAUACUCUUAAGAUUAUAUCAAACUAACCAAGAACGUUGUAUCUGAUAAAUGCAGUACGUCUUUUAAGUAGUCUCCAUUGUGUUAGCAUUAUGGUAUUUCCCCCAGUUUUUACAAUUCAAAUGAAGUCCUGUAUUUUGAUUACUAACUGCAAACCUAUACAAAAUAGCCAUGGCAGUUAAAGACUUAAAGCACAAAAACGUUGUUCUGAAAUCUUAUUGUGGUGUUUUAUUUUGAAAUCUGCGGUAUAUUUUUAUUUUAUUGUUUGUACUUGUUAUAAUCAGCUUGUUUUGACAAAUUAUGAAACAACUGCACCGUAUGAUCUUGUUUCAAUGUUAAUCUAUAAUGAAAAAUGUUCAAAAGUAUAUUUAUUAUCUUACUUUAUGAAAACAAUGUAUAAUGACAGAUGUAAAACUGGAUAUGUGAUAUUAUUUGAAUGAAUCACAAAGUGGCAUAGGUUACAAUGGUGUCGAGUUCUUUUUAGAUGCCAUAACUGUAUUGACUUUUUUUUUUCUUUUGUCAGAGUUCAAGAAAAAAAUAAUAUUUGCAAACUAUAAACAACCCCAAUUUCAUGAAGUUUAGGACACUGUCAAAAAAACAUUCAAAUUAAGUUAAUGAGGCGUGUCAUGCUGUCAUUUUGUCACAUUAAAGCACUCAAGCACAUUCAUUUACCAUUUAAUGAAAGCAGCAACUACUUAGAAAUUUGAAAAUCUCAAACAUGACAGGGCAUAACAUGUGGGAGGAGAAGUUAUAUCGGUCUAUGGCUGUGUGCUAUAUGGUUAGCACUGCCUUCUAGCUAUAAGGUUCUCGGUCUGAGUUUCCUUGAUAGGAAUGGGAUGAAGCUUUCUGUGUGUGUGUAUGGGUUGUAUUCUCGUGCAUGCACAAAAGGCUAAUCCAGAUCCAGUCAUGGUCCUGUGUAAAUGAUCCCAGAAGUGACCUCCUCCUGCUACUAUUUUAGAUGUGCCACUUUUGUUGGGCUCAGUGUCCUAACCUUUCUGUAAUUGGGUUUGUUCUUACUUUUUGAAACUGCGAGGGUGUGAACCAAUAUAACAGUAUUAUAGAGCUGAAUCAAUGUGUGUAUAUUUGGAGAAAAUAGAGGAGCCAGUCUAGUCCUAGUUUUUACACACUGAGUGUUUGACGAUGUGCAGAGUAUGGUUGUGCUGCAUGUCCAAGUUAACCUGUGUUUUUGAGGUGGCCAUUUUACAAGUGCUCAUACUUAUUCUUAAGACUGGACACAACUUUUGUUUUUGCAACUUCUUUGGUUUUCAGUUGGACCUGGUCUAAAACAUACCUCUUAAAGACCACCCGGAGUGAGUUCUUUUCUGUUUUUUAUGAUUGAAAAUGGUGAGAAACUAAAAUAUCUGCUGUUCCAACUAAUGAUGGUUGUUGUGGCACUGUCGUAACUGCCUGGACCGUUCAUCUGAGCAGUCGCGACUGUGAGAGUACUCCAUGAAAUGUAAUGGAUGUUGGUUCUUUUAAUAAUGGUAUUAACAAGUCCCUUUUAUCAAAUCACUAUUAUUUGCAAUAAAAGUCUUCAUGUUACAA